AUGAGGAAGGCGUGGAGCGGUGUGCGACAGCAACUGGCGGUGCCGCCGUGCGCGGUGGUGGGGCCAUCGACGACGGGGAUGAGCCGCCAAUUCGUGCGGGGAAUUACGCAUUCGCAGCACGAGCGGGCCUACCUGCAACGGCUGCGACAGAUGGAGGCCGAAGCCGCGGCGGGCAAGACAUGGCGCCUCGUUGGCGGUAUCGCCGUACAGAGAUUGCCCCUCAUCAUCCCCACGCCCGAUCCCAUCGAGGACCAAUACGAGCAGUUCCGAUUCGAUAGGGACAAUUAUUUCUCCAUUAAUGUAGAGCGCAAUCUCGAAUUGAUGGAGGAGGAUCGUCGGAAGGGCUCCAAGAUCUCCAAGACGCAGAAGAAGAAGAAGGAGAAGAAGGAGGGCGUUUCGGAUGCUGGUCCUGCAGGCGGUAAGCAGAAGGGCGGCGAGCAGGAUGAAGCCGACUCGCUCUACCAGAAGGCGGAGGAGACCGCGUACAGAGAGGAGACGCUGGAGGAUGUGCGGGCCAAGAUGGAACGCCUGUCUCCGCGAAUCACGGCGGCCGAUCUGGCGAACGAUCGCAAAUCGUUGAACCGCGCCCUCGCCUCGCGUCUCUACCUCAUCGUGCAGAAGCCAAGGACCGAGCAUGCCUGGCAAUUCCCGCAGGGCGGGCGCGAGUCUGGCGAGACCAUGCGUCAGUGCUGCGAGAGGGAGCUGCGAGAGGAGAUUGGCACGAAGGUGAAGGUCCACUUCUGGAGUAACGCUCCUGCUGGCUGCUACUCCUACCCCUAUCCCGACAACUACUCCCACAACGACGGCCACCAUGGCUCCAAGGUGUUCUUCUACCACGCCGAGUACGUGAGUGGCGAGCCCCACCCGGACAACAAGGAGGUGGUGGACUUCGCGUGGGUGACGCGCGACGAGCUGCAGGAGUACUUCGACCCUCAGCUCUUCAAGUUCGUCCGCGACAUGCUCCCCGCCUAG